AAAAGCAAAGCAUCAUCACUCACUCACUCGUCACACACUCGAGAAGAAGAUGAGAGAGAAACCGAAGAUAAAGAUAAAACUUUUUAGAUAGAAAGAGAGAGAGAGAGGAAGAGAGAGAAACAAAGAAAAGAAAGAUAAACAGCUUUUAUUAUAGAGAGGAGAGAGUAACUAAGAAGGAGAAAGAGAAAGCUCUGCCCUAGAAAUAUGUAUCCCGAUAAGGACUUGUGUAUGCAAAGCUUUUUGUAGUAAGUAAUAAAAAACGCUUUCCGUCCCACUUCACGCAGAAAUGGCCUCUUUUCUGCAUUUCUCAGUCUGCCUUUAAUCCCCAUAACUUCUCGCAAAGACUGCUUCACUUUCUUUUCUUUCUUUCUGCUUUUUUAUUUUUGAAAAAAACCCAUCUUCUUCAAAGCUUCUUACUUUCGAAAGGCUGGACCUUUAACCCCAGUCCACUAAUUGUGUUAUGGUCUGGGGCUUUGCCGUGGAAGAUGCUUGGUGUUAAAGGUAUAUAAUGGGUUGAUUUGAGGAGCUUCGUUUGUAACGCUAAAUGUAUCUCUUCGGUUUCUGUUCUGGCUGGAUUUCCAUCGCCAUGCGUCUGUGAAUUUUGGUUUAUUGGAAUAUGAGCCAUGAAACGAGUUCUUCAUUGACUUCUUGUAAUCUUUGAUAUGGCUGAUUCUUUUCUCUGUCUCUCUUCAUGUUGGUUCCAAGAUCUGUAUGCUUUUCAACUGUUUAGUGCUCACAAUUUGGAACUUCAUGGGCGCUUUUCUGUUGUUUUGACUUUGCAAUUUGUAUGGAGCGUUUGUCAUUGCAUUGAACUUUAGAACAAAUAGAGCUGUCUUUUUGGUUAUUUAAAAUUGGCUUGUAAGUUGAUUUGAAGGCGCAUUGAAGUCUAGGUUAUUCGAGGUAAAUGCAUGGAUCGAAGGGAUGCUAUGGCAAUAUCGGGGUCUGCUUCUUACUAUAUGCAACAAAGAGGAAUAACCGGGUCAGGGUCUGGAACACAGUCUGGGAUACAUGGAUCUCCAGGCAUUCAUCCAUUAUCUAGUCCAAAUGUACAAUACCAAUCAAGUAUUAGUGCCACUACUAUGGGAUCAACCUUACCUGUAGAGCCUUCAUCUGGAAUUGCCCCUCAUAGUGUCAAUGUAGGCACACCUUCAGCUGUGCCACCUAGUGAGACUGUGAAACGGAAAAGAGGAAGGCCUCGAAAGUAUGGACCUGAUGGAACUGUUUCAUUAGCAUUGACUCCAGCAUCAGCUACUCAUCCUGGGACAAUAACACCAACCCAAAAACGGGGAAGGGGGCGGCCACCGGGUACUGGAAGGAAGCAACAGUUAGCUUCCCUUGGUGAAUGGCUCUCUGGUUCAGCUGGGAUGGGUUUUACUCCUCACGUCAUCACCAUUGCAAUCGGAGAAGACAUUGCAACAAAAAUAAUGUCAUUUUCACAGCAAGGGCCAAGAGCUGUAUGCAUUUUGUCAGCUAAUGGUGCUGUCUCUACCGUAACUCUUCGUCAGCCAUCUUCCUCGGGUGGUACUGUCACAUAUGAGGGGCGAUUUGAGAUAUUAUGUCUGUCAGGCUCUUACCUACUGACCAGCAAUGGUGGCUCUCGCAAUCGAACUGGUGGUCUCAGUGUUUCCCUUGCCAGUCCUGAUGGUCGCGUCAUUGGUGGAGGUGUUGGAGGGAUGCUUAUUGCAGCAAGCCCUGUUCAGGUGAUUGUGGGAAGUUUUCUGUGGGGUGGUUCAAAGACGAACAAGAAAGGGGGAGGUCAAGAAGUUGUAAAAGACUCGGAUCAUCAGACUGUUGACAAUAUGGUAACCCCUCCUGGCAUUUCGCCAAGUCAAAAUCUGACUCCAACCUCAGCAGGUGUAUGGCCUGGUUCACGAUCAAUGGAUAUGCGUAACACUCAUGUUGACAUUGAUCUAAUGCGCGGAUGACUCUUUCCUCCUAAUAGUAUCAUGAGCAAUGUGUAUAGUUUGCUGUUGAAGGCCACCUGAUUGUAAUUUGAAAGCCCUGUGGACAGAAUAUAGGCCAGCUGAUUUUUGGCUUGAUGAUUCUCACUUCAUUUACCCAUGACAAUGACAUACUAUGGGAUUUGUUCUGAUAUUUGUAGCUUGAUGACAGUUAGUUCAAAGAUUUUAGAACUCGCGAUUUCCACUAA